GAGUGAGUGAGUGAGUGUGUGUGUCAAACCAGUGUGUCUGUCAGUGAGUGUGCAUGUUUAGGUGACCUCCCCCCCCCACCAAUCACAUGGGAAAGGUGUUUUACUCACCCUAUUUCUUACGCCGUGCUGGUGAUGCCGUGGCUGACCCCACCUCCAUGGCUGAGAUCAUCAAUCUUAAUGAUCUCAAACAAUCAAUGCUUUCCCAUUUACUGUAUAAGUAUAGUCUUGUGUUGGGAUAGGUUGCGUCUUAUCUUUAUCUAUGAAGAAUUUUUUGAUAGAUAUUUUUCGUAUGAACUUCUUUAAAUAUAUACAUGCAUUGAAGUUAGAACUUUUACAGGUGGGUGCGAACAUGAGACCUUCUUUUUUUUAAAGAAGGGAUAUUUCAUCUGGGUUAAGUGUUCUACUGGACAAAUUGAAGAUGUUUAUUUCCUCCUUUUCUGUUGGAUUGGGUCUUCUUGUUGGUCUUUGUCUUCUUCUAUUUCUCUUAUUGAUCUUUUCUUCCUCACACCUGGAGAUCUGAAAUCUUCCAUCAUAAACUUUUUUGGGGGAAUCCUUCCCCGUUUGUCUAAAAAAUCAUUUUCUAUAUGUACAUCCGAAUUGUGUGGAUUCGUUUUUCUACCUUUUAUGGUAGUAUUGUUGGAUUCAGUUCUUUUGUAAUCCGGAGGGGGAGUAUUUACAUCUGGGGUACACUGGUGUGAUUGUUCCCGUGUUUGCCAGUUCCUACUACGGUAUAUAUUUUGUUGUGGAUGUCUUUCUUUCUUGAUCAUUGCGCCCCUUCAUUGUGGAGUAGUGGGAUGGAUGUUGCUGGUAUUCCCUAUGUUCUUGUCUGCUAUUGUGGGCUGGUCUGUUGUAUAUCCAAUUUGUCGUAGUACCCUUUAUGGGGGUUCUUUGGGGAAUGGUAGUAUUCUUAUAUGUCAUUUGUCGUUGAGGUCUAAAUUCUGUUCCGUACCUUUUUAGGAGAAUUAAAUCUCUGCCUUUGGUCUCUUUUCCAAUUCCUCUGAGUCUGUGUUUUGUAAUCAGCCUGAUCUCUUAUAAUUUUUCUUUCUUUUAUUUUCCCUAAUAUUCAUCUCAAUGUCUUUUUUUCUAUUUUUUUCUAAGUGUUCCAUAAAUUCCCCAUUUUCCACUAGGGGGCUAAUGGAUGUUUUUAGUUCUGUUAUUUCUUGAUCUAGUUGGGUAAGGUCCUUCUUUUUUUCGUUAAUAAGGAAUACCAUUAGUAAUAGAGAUCCUUUAUCCAACAGUAGGUCCCAUUCUUUAAGCAGUGUUAGAUCAUGACGUUUAUAUGUUGAUCGUUUAAAAAGUCUUAAUCCCCGUGGUACUAUAUUAUUAUUAUUGACAUAGAAAUCUAAAGUAGUAUGCUGGUAUACGUAAAUUGUGAUUUAUUGAUAACAUGCCAGAUGUGUAUAUAAGUCAUGGCUCGGCAUCCAGCCUCCAUCACGUCUCUGAUGAAGUGGGGCUGACACCCACGAAACGCGUUAGACAGUUAGCAGUGAGCAGGAUACGGAGCAGAGUUGAACCGGCAGAAGGAACUCUUCUCUUUCAACGAGAAAGAACUGUCAAUCAGGGGACCCACUGGCGGACAACACCUACCACCCAGAGUGAGGUCUGGGACGCACGCCAACCCCAUCGGCAGCCGGCAAGUACAGAGACUUAUUUCUGAUACAUAAUAUCCAUAUCCAUCCUAGCCGGUUUUUAUGAUUGUUUAAGGAACAAGACUACCCUCCUGCUGGCAAUUUUCUUGCAAACCGUUCCUGACUCGUAUUUUUUACAGUAUUUUUAUAAUCUUUUAUAUAUUUUUAUACUUUGGAAUUGUAAUACAUUUUCUACUAUAACUUCUAAUCAUUUCCACCUUUAUUUUCACUUUUUAGUGUUUUUUUCUUAUUCAGAAUUUUUGUAAUUCUCAUUACACUUUUAAAUAGUACCAAGUUUUGGUUUGUACAAUUAUAAGAUACACUCUUGGCGCACUAUUUAGUCAGUCUGCCUGUAGCAGAUUUAAAGAGACACUCACCUGGAACAAUUGUGUCAAUACUCUGUUGUGUGACACUAAACCAAAUAUAAAAUAGAAAACAGCUAUCUAUGCUGCUAUUCUAUACUAUAUAGUCACUUAUGUGAAGUAGAGCAUUUGGUGUAUACCGUAUUGAAUCUUCCUAUAACAGAUUUAAAGUUGUACAUACCAUACAUGUUGCUGUAUUACUCUCUAAAUAUUUGGACCUUUUUCCGUAACAUAUUUGGUACAAUUAUAUACACAAUAGCCAUCUUUGGGCAAAACAGCUCCUGGAUAUCUUGCACCAAAUCAAGGUGCUAUUCCUUUUGAAUUACAUUUGUCCGGACAGGUACUUGGUGAAUUCCUGUCUCUGUCCAGUUUUUGAACGACCCAUCACAAAUCAGACUCCCUCAGCUCUGUGUGUUGCAUUAGACAUACAUGAUUUUUAUAUUUUUAAUAUUCAGCACUUUGUUUUGGACUUUAGGGAUGGAAACUUCAUAAAAGUUUUAGUUUGUUUUUCUGUUUAUUUUUUUCUUGGACUGUAAACGUUUUGGUUGACCGGUUCAUUUAGAAAGUUUAAUGGCCUUCACUUGGAAAUAUAUAGAAACUCUGCACUUUUGUGUUUUUUUUUUUUGUUUGUUUUUUAGCUCUGUAAGUCUAUUUCCCAAAUAAACUUUUCAUUCCAUUUUAGGUUGAUUAUCGUCAAAAAUCUGCUGCUGCCGGAAGAAUACCAACAAACCAUUUAAGAAGAGAACUUGGUUCAAGUCAUAGUGAAAUAUUAACUAGUCGAAUCAUAGGUAUUUUUAAAUAUUAUAAUGUUUUGAUAUAAAUUGUCAGUUGCUUUUUGAGUAUAUUGUAAUGACCCUUGUCUGAUUCGGUAGUAGAGUAUGAAAGUAUCCCAAAAAAAAAGUAAUUUAAAGAAAUAAUGUAUUUAUUGUAGAGCAAUGUGUUUUAUUGCAUGUUGUCUUCUAUAUUUUGCUAGGCAAAUAACUAAGACAUAUAAUGAUGCAUAUUACAAGUUAAAGGGUUACUCCAACCUUCAUAAUUACUACAGCCUGUGCAGGGUCUCUUGUAGAAUGAUUACGACAUCCAGCUUCUGCUGUGCUGCAGAAUCUGGAUGUCAAGCCUGUCACUCAUUCAUAGGAAUAGAGGGUCAGCUUAUCAUUCUCAGCCAAUGAAUGACAUUCUGUGCAUAGAAAUAUGCACAUAAUUGAUAUUAGCUAGCCAGGAACUCUUUUUCUGGGCUGGCUAGUGAUUCCCCAUUUGUGCUGCCAGAGGUGGUUACAAAUCCAACAACAAAGGGAUUAAACUCCAUAAGUGCAGUGUUUCAUAGUGAAAUGCUGCACAUACAUACUCCAGACACUGACUAUUUCAAAUCACUGAACUGGUCAUGGUGCUCGGAGUAGCCAUUUAAUUAAAAUAUAUAUAUAUAUAUAUAUUUAUUUAUUCUAAUACCAAUCAGAAUCUGCCUGAAUGUCCUCUUCGCUUUAACUCAACUUAUUGAUCAAUGCUUAAGCUGGAAUUUCGAAACCUUUAUAAACAGGGGAGGCUGUUUUGUUUUGUUAUUUGUUUUUCCAAAAACAAUGCAUAUCAGUUUUCUCAAAAGAGCCUUAGUUGUUUUGAUGUCUUAAUGAAGUUGUUUUGAUGUAUAGAUCUUGCCCCUGCAGUCUUACUCAAUUCUCAAUUCAAAAACUCCACUGCCAAAAUAAGAAUAAAUUACCGUUCAGUAGAUAUUCCCCAAUGGAAGUAUGCAUGCAUUAAAUUAUGCAUACAAUUACGCAUUUUUGAUUGGGGGUGUUAUUAAAAGCAGCUUGCAAAAACUGCAGUUCUCUUGUCUGAAGCCUUUACAAGCCCUCCCCUUCUAACCCCGCCCAGGCUUUCUGUGGCUGUCCAAUCACAGACUUCCCAAUGCAGCUCUAUGAGAAGUCUUCCCAAGGUAGGUGCUCCAGGCAAUUGCUGCCUCUUGAUGUUAGCUCCACUGAGUAAACCACACCAGCAAGUAAGAGCCAGCGGUGUAAGAAAGUCAAUUUAUAACAGUGCCAAUUACUGAAAAAGUCCUUUGGAUUUUAACUUCCCUUAUUGUACAAUGUGUCUAAAUUUAGAAAUUCUUAUCUCCUGCUCUGUUAUUUGCAUGCUAAACUCAGCUUCAGCCUCCUCUGUUAUUACAUUGCAAUUAACAGAGCAGGGGGAUUUCCAAAGAUGUAAGAUGUGAUUAAAAAUUAAACUUUUUUGCUUUAUAUCUCACUUGUUUCUUUUCAUGAAGGCUGUAUGAGUUACAACCAGGAGAGGUGUGGCCAGGGUUGCAUAAACAGAAACAAGAGUGGUUUAACACAUACAGUACUUUGCAGAUAAUUAAGUAAUGAGGCUGCUGGGUCAUGAUCGGUACACUAAAAUUGCUCAAAUAAGCUAGUGUUCCUUUGGGGCUUAGAAAAGCUCUUAAUAGCUCAGCAUAAUGAAAUUAUUUGUGAAGCAGUACUUACACAUGGGAGCUUUCCUUUCCCUCUAAUGGUCAAUUUGGUACAUUCGUUAUAUAAAAUCUUCAGUCAUCCUUGGAACCCCAGAGCUUCUAGUCUUUUUUUCUGACCUACAUGGUAUCACAAUAGGCAGAUCCUGAUCACGUGGGUGGUGAGGCCGCUGUUUUUUUUUUACCUUUACUCCAAUGGAAAAUGAAUACAAGACCAUUUGUUUUGCAGAUCGAUCUAUUAGACCACUAUUUCCUGCUGGAUAUUUUUAUGACACACAGGUAAGUUUUGCUUUAUUUCUGACAGUAUUCAGUUUGCUUGAGUGGAAUGAAUCAUGGUUACCGUGCCUAAUGGUAUUUGUGGAGGAUGCAUACAGGUUUAAUUUAGCUGUACAAUUUGAAAUAAAAGCACCAAGCCAAUCCAGGGACCCAAACAGCUGGGUAAAGAACAGUAUAAUACAGGUAAAUUUUAACUUUCCUUUCUUAUUUUCUUUGUGAAAAUAAACUUGAUAAAUUAAAGCGAAAUUCUUGUGCCAUUAUCUGAGAUAGUGUCAAUGCCAUCUGCAUUUAUUUUCUUCACGACGCAUGACGUAAUCAUCCAGUCAUGAAUGUUCUUCCCUAAACGAUCCAUGACGAAAUAAUUUCGUUAUGCGUUAUUUUAUCAGCUCUGAUUGUUUCCCUGCUUGUAACUAGGGAGCUCCAGAUAUCACUGGAUAGAAUUAAUGACUCCAUGCUGACAGAUGAGUUGCAUUCAGCUUUCCAAGUGAGUUUUUCAAUGGAAUUUAAACCUCCCCACCCCCAUGGUACCAGUUGGUGUGAGCAGGGUUAAAUCUUUGCUCACACCAGUGAGACAUAAAUUUCAGUCGAUACAUGGGGCUCCCCUUUUGUCAGCUGUGUCCAUUUUUAGUGACCCCAGAUUGACAGAUGAGCUCAAUAUAAUCUUGGCAUAUUGGUUGAUUCAUAAGUAUAUUUAGUUGGUUACCUAACGUAGACAAAAGAUUGCAAGACUACAGGGACAGGACAAGCCUGACCUAGAAGUCAAGAAGGACUAAAUGGGUAAUAUAGGCCUAACCCAAGGGAUACAAUGAGAGAAAUUAAUAGAAUAUUUUUUGAAAGACAAACAGCUCAGUGGUGAGAACCACCUGGGAUAUUGACUGUCAAAAAACAGGGAGAAUUUCUCACAUAAAUAGGAAAUAACUCAAUAUAAUUGUUAAAAGCACAAAUACAUAGAUCUUUUAUUACAUGAAUAAACACACAGAAAUGGGAAACAACAAUUGUGAUAAGAGAAAAGUGUAGGUGAAAGAAAAAAAUCAGUAUAUUAAAAAGGAGACACCCCGAAUACCUACCGCAGAUGGAGUCACAAGGUGCAAUUUUCCAGUCCCUGGCGGAGGUUAAGUGCUUUAAGUCCCUGGCGGCAGAGUUUGAGCGCUCAGCAAAGGAGGUGAAAGCUGAAAUCCAAGCAGUAGGCCAAUGCACAGAGGCCCUGGAAUGGCGGAUGGACCACGUUGUAACAGACUACAACGAAGCAGCUACUGUCACGAACUGCUUAAUCACCAGAGUGGCCGAAUUGGCAGAUGCAUCCAAUAGAUCCAGGCGGAAUAACCUGCGUAUUAAAGGUCUUCCUGAGAGCGUAAAAGAUGCUGACAUACAGGCAGUACUUACCAAAAUAUUCCAAGCACAGCUGCUCCACAUGUUAGAACACUUCUGGACUAUAGAUAGGGCACAGGGCGCUGAGGGCUAGAGGCUCUCCACCCACCCCCCUCAAUGGCCCCUGAGAGAUGUGAUCAUGCCGUGGCACUUCUUUUCCACCAAAGAACCGAUUAUAAAAAGCAGCAGAAACAAUGAAUACACCCAUGAAGGCCAACCACUACACCUAUACCAGGACAUUGCUCCAGCCACGCUGGCAGGAAGGAAAUGGAAACCCAUAGCGGAUAUGGUAAGGGCCAAAGGCUACAACUUUGCCUUCAAAAUGCUGAUCUUCAAUGGCCCGGGACCCGCGGUGCUCCUGCCACCUGCGGACCUGAGAGCCUUCCUUCGGGACAUAGGCAUCGAGGUCCCAGAAGACUUCCACAUCCCCAGCAGGGGCCUCAGGGCGCUCAACCAUCUGCCACGGGAAGAGGAGAAACACAGGGCAUUCGUCCCAUAGACUGCCACGGAACAAGAUGGACACUCACAAGUUGCCAAAGGCCACUAAUACUGCCUAGACACACAAGUGCAAUUGCGAAUAUGUUAAAAGUGUUAAUUUUUUAAAGUUUAAUUGUGUUAGGUGCUAGCUCGUACAUGCACACAGUCCCACAAAGAUGAAUCCAUAAGAUAAGCAGGCAAACACCAGUGGCACAACAUAUAUGGCAUCCAUCACAGGAGUGACCCCACAAAGCUUGGGUCAGGGACUCCCUAUCAGUCUCCCACAAAACCUUUACAAAAAAGGGAGAGUACCCCCUCUCAAAAGGAAAACACGCAGCUCCCAAAGGAAUCAAAGGCGUUUUAGGGGCAACACCAAAACAAAAGUACACAAAUGAGCCAACAACGACACACGGGAUGCCAUUGGACACCACACAAAGGGAAUAGAUUUAAAGACGAAAAGACAUUCCACAUACUAAACUGAAAACGCUGACAACUUACCCCCCCCCCAAAAAAUAAAAAUCCACAAACUGAAUAUAUUGCAUAAGCUUAUCACUCCCCCCAAACACAGAACACGGACCCAUACAAUAGAUGGAAGAAAUAGUGCCCAUACCAGUAUAAUACAACUCUGCCCAUGCUAGAGGCCACAGACGCAUGUGAGAUCCCACACUAAUAUAGUGGAGGAUUCCUAUCCACGGGUUAUUACAGCAAACAGUAGUUGGAUACCUUUUUUGAGACCGGUAACACCUAGGGUUAUUACAACUGUGACAAGUGGGAGGGGACAGCAUUAGGCCGAUGGAACAGACAAAGUAUGAGACACCAAGGCACAGACGGCAAUGCAAGUACAAUGGGCUACUUCAAUAUCCCAACAUACGUUUGCACAACUGAGCAAUGGUGACUUAGUCCAAGCACGUAAUAGACACACAGAUACAGACAUACCAACCCAUCCAAGACAGGACUAAGCAGGGCCUAUCAGAAGGCAAUGUUAGGAGCAUUUACAACUUGAAACCGCACCCUAACAAUACUGCUUGGAUCUUGAGGGGGCAUGGAGGGAGAUUAACCAGGGCAACGACUGACACAGGCUCCGACAGGGCUAGAUAGCAAGGUUCAGCAUGCGAAAUGGGUCAUUCCUCAGGUUUAAUAGUUAUGGUUUAAUGUUAAUUGCUAAUAAUGUGAAAUGUUUAACAGAUGAAGAUAACAUGGGAUUACUUUUCAAUGACAAACCACUGGAGCUGCGAAAGGGUGCUCGGCGGCUAGAUAUCCUUUCCGUGAGUGGUGAUUCCCCUCAUGGAACGGAUGGUCACCCCCGACAGACCUGGUCUAGCAUAAGACCGGGUUUCUAAUCUUGUUUCACCAAUUCGGCAGUUGCAAGCCCAACUGCUGAAAUACCCCUACAAGUUAAUUUUUCCUAACAACUCCCCCGCACCGCUCCCUACCCCUACUGGACAAGUCAUCCGCAUAACACGCACAACUCCACUUGGGACCUUACACAGACUCCCUCUUCCCUGUCUCGCCGGGGGCAAGUGACACUGCGGGACCGGAGGAACUCACGAUAGACGGAGACCAACAGAGACCUACAGCCUUUGCCCACCAUCCCAUAAAAAAAUGGCCAUACUUAAAAUCACAUUGUUAAAUGCCAAUGGCUUGAAUGUACGGAAUAAAAGGCAGCUCCUGCUUAAGGAAAUAAAACAACAAAAAGCAGACAUAGCAUUCAUGCAGGAAACACACGUUGCUCUCAGCCCGGGCUCAAUUAACUGACCACAUCUAUACCAGAGCCUAUGCCUCUAGGGCCCUAUAUAAGAAAAACGGGGUAGAGAUACUCCUACAUAAAAGAUGCCCGCAACAAACGCUCUCUACCCGAACUGAUACGGGGGGGGGGGGGUUGGCGAAUUUGGUCACUGCCCUACCACAUGGAGUAGUCCUCAUUGGGGGAGAUCUUAAUGCGACACCGUGCCCAGCGGUUGACCGAAGCAGACGAAAUGAAUGCAGAGAUCGCACGUCUGUGGGGACCAAGACAAACUGCUAGCGAUUUUUAUGCGCAGCACCCGGGAACCAGCGAUUACACAUUUAUUCCGCGGCCCACUCAAAGUACUUGCGCAUAGACCUGUUCCUUAUUAAUCAGGGGGUGGUCUCAUGGGUCCAAUCAUCCCGCAUUAACCUUAUAUCUUGGUCUUACCACACGGAUAUAGAGCUCACACUACGCUUACCCGCCAUGGAAGUGGAGAAUGCCCGACCUUACGCACUCUACGGUGUGGACUGCGCACAAAACGAUCCUCAGAGGCUCCCUGAUUAUUAAACUGGCGACGAUACGUAAGAGAAAUAGAGCGGAGUCCCUGUUCGAGUUGCAAAAAAGCACCCCGAAAAGCGGAAAUGCAGCAUAAGGAGUUGCUUGCGACCCCUAAACUCUGAGAAAUAAGCGUGCUGAAGCACAGACUGCGAGACCUGGCGUUGGAGGACCUGGGUAGGGACCUAGUCCAAACGAAAAGUCUCUUUUACGAAUGCUCCAAAAAGAUAGACACCCUUUUAGCUAGGGCAUUAUGGAGGUUGGUGGUAUACAUCCGGUCUUGACCAUAUUUGGUUGUGGGUUUUUUUUUGUUUGAUGGUUUUUUAAUAUACAUAUGUUCUAAAUUGUAUAAUUACCUGUUCUAUUCUUUGGCAUAUAUAAAGCCAAGCAUGCUCAGUCUGAGAGAUAUAUGCACCUGAGGAAGACCUUUGUAAUUGUUGAAACACGUUGUGCUACUUUGUUUUGCUUUUAAUAAUUUGUUAAUAAAUAUUCACCUUAAAAUACUUACCCUGGACUCUGGAGCUCCUGUGCUGUAACCAUGCCGAGUUUUUGAGGGCGACUUCUAGAAAUUCUACCAUAUAUCUCUUUGAUGAGAUGAAAAGCGCCAUAAGUACUGAGCCAGCUUUUAAUGGGGAAAAUAUUUCUUUCUGUGUGCGCAAAUCACCCUUUCUGACUAUUUUUUUUAACCUAAUCACAUUUUUAAAGUGUAAAUGGCACUUGGGUAACUUUUAGCUGCACCAGAUUGCUUAAUGUAAUAAGCACCACUUUGUCCUUUUAUCUUUUUUAUUUAUUUUUUUACACUCUCAAGACAUUGAACUCUAUUUAAAUCUAUUUAAUUUAUCAAAUUAUAAUAGUGUAACUUUCGAAUCAUGACUGAAGUAACUGCUGUUUUUUUGCAUUAUUGGAUGGAUUUCACCAAUUUACAUACAGGACAGGUCUUAGUAGAUGUCUCCUUUUAAUAAACUGAUUUUUUUUAUUUUAUUUUUUUUAUUCUUUCACCUACACUUUUCUCUUAUCACGAUUGUUUCACAUUUCUGUGUGUUUAUUCAUGUAAUAAAGAUCUAUGUAUUUGUGCUUUUACCAAGUAUAUUGAGUUAUUUACGUGGGUAAUUCUCCCUGUUUUUUGACAGUCAAUAUCCCAGGUGGUUCUCACCACUGGGCUGUUUGUCUUUCUAAAAUUGUUCUAUUAAUUUCUCUCAUGGUUACCUAACUUACUUUAAACAUGCCUUUUUAAGUUUGUGUUUUGCUUUCUUUAGGAGACUUUAUGUUUGCUUUUUCUCUUUCUUAGAUCCUGUGCAAUUUAUUAGCCGUGGAUAGUAUAAAUGAACCGGAUGUCUUGGCCAUUAAUGGAGGUACUACUUUUCCGCUACUUUAUUUUACACUUGGUUCAUCUUAAAGUGCUAAUAUACUUCAUAGUGUUACAUAUUAAAAUAUAUUUUGAUUCUGGAUUAAAAAAAAUUCAGAGUAGGGGCUUAAAAUUUAAAGUCCUAUGCUACUGGUUUUCAUGCGUUCUUCUUGUGUGGGCUAACUUUGUGUUCACCAAUGGGUAGGAUAGUGUAACUGUUGAGCCUUAAUUAAGCAUAUGGGUUUCUUUGCCUUAAAUUAAUUUCCCAUAAUUUCAUAUUACAUUUUAGAUGUUAUUUACUUAUUCUUUUUCACUGCAUAUACCAGGUGCAUAUACUCUGGUGCAAGUAAUCAUCAUAAAAAAAAAACUCUGGCGAGUUGUAUAAAACCUAACAGAAAAUUAGUCAUCUUUGAAGAUUGCAACAAAUGUAACCAAUAUUCCAGCCAUUCCACAACUCCAGCUUUAAUUGAUGCCAUUUUUGAGAAAGUUGUUGGGUAUGACAGUGCCAUUCUUUACACCAAAAUCUGAAUCCGUUGCAAACUGAUUAAUAUUUAUUUGACUUUAUGUUCUGGAAGUGAUUUCUGAAUUUAAACGACACUGUUUUUAUUUAAUUUAUUUUUAGCUUUUAGUGCUUUGUAACUAUCUAGUCACGCUUAUUGUACAUAGUGCUAACUGCAUGUUCAGAAAAGGAAAAUCAGUCUUCUAGAGAUUUAUGCCUGUUAAAUUUACUUGCUUUUUUGGAAUGUUUUGUUGAAAAAAGUUUAUUUUAUUUUUAAAUGUGUUUUGUUUUAUUUGAAGCUUCUGCAGCACUUGCUAUGUCAGACAUACCAUGGAAUGGUCCUGUUGGUAAGUAUUGUUUUGUUGACUGUAACUUGAUAAAAACUUCUCAACCCCACCCGCCCCUUAGGUAAAACAGAUCAAUCUUUUAAAAAACACAUUUAAAUCACAUUUGUUUAUAGUAAAACCUCUACAAAUCUACUUUUUGGUUAAUGUGACAUUGUAACCGCUGGUGGUUCCCUUAUUUACCACUAUAAUGUCUUAAAGCAUAGAACUUAGUAGGGCUAACCAUACAGAUAUCUUAGCCAUAAUUUUAUAUAGUGUAAGAGAUCCUCUAUUUAACAUAUAUAAAUAAUUGAGAAUACAAUAUAAAAUAAGGAUUGUCUUGGAAGCAAUAGUUUUGUCUUUUUGGAUAUUUAUUAUAUAAAAAUAUAAAAUCCAUUAUAGCAGAGUUUAUAAGAUUAAAUUACAUGCUUGCAAAUAUCAUUAAUAGGUUAACAUACCCUUCUGAACAUGUCAUCAUGUCAGCCUCUCUGUCAUUUUAAGAUGGAGCAGCGUCUGUCUCCAAGUCUCUCCUCUGUAUCUUAACAUUUAAAAGUACACCUAUUUAUACCUUAGGUGUCUCCAUUUUAGGUUACUGUAGUUCAAAUAUGAAAAAGUAACACUUCUUUUACUUUAUUCAAUUUAGGACCUCCCUUAAUUUGGCAAACAUACAAGGCCAUAACUAAAGGGUGUAUACGUCAUGGAAAUUUUCCUGACUUAGUUCAAGAUGGCAUCUUAAAGUCUGAAUAGGUUAUGUUGUUUAUAAUAAGUCGUAAGUGUACAGUCGUGGGAGAUUCCCGCAUUUGGGGAAGUUCCAUUAACUUGGGGUUACCACAGUAUAUUGUGUACUGCAAGUGUCGUAGUAUAGCCUUGAAGCUUGUUUAUGCAUUAUUGUUAUUGUAAUUCGUCUGGGACAAAAUGGCGCAAACAUAUUAUGCACUGAGGUUAUUGCUUAAAGAAACAGUUAUGAAAAACAAUAUGUUCCAUUUCUAACACCUUGUCAGUUUGCAAUAUCUCUUAAAGACAAAGUACACAGUUUAAGAAAUACAUUUCAUUCUAAAACUUGUAAUAUUUGCAUUUGCCCGUAACAACAUCAACCUCUCAUUUACUAUCAGUUACUAUGUAGGAUACAAAUUUUGACCUUGUGAAAAUCAAAUUGUCUUUUAAUUUAGGAAAAUGUGUCUGAGAAUGGAUUGCAGGAUAAAACUUACAAGGAAAGGUUAAAGGAUCUUAACAUGUAUAGCUUGGAGGAAAGACAAGACGGGGGGAUUUGAUAGAAACAUUUAAAUAUAUAAAGGGAAUCAACACAGUAAAGGAGGAGACUAUAUUUAAAAGAAGAAAAACUACCACAACAAGAGGACAUAGUCUUAAAUUAGAGGGACAAAGGUUUAAAAAUAUCAGGAAGUAUUUCUUUACUGAGAGGGUAGUGGAUGCGUGGAAUAGCCUUCCAGCUGAAGUGGUAGAGGUUAACACAGUAAAGGAGUUUAAGCAUGCGUAAGAUAGGCAUAAGGCUAUCCUAGCUAUAAGAUAAGGCUAGGGACUAAAGAAAGUAUUUUAAAAAAAAUAAAUACAAUUGGGCAGACUAGAUGGACUGAAUGGUUCUUAUCUGCCGUCACGUUCUAUGUUUUUAUCUAAGAAUACAAAAUCUGUUGUGUUUAUAAUAGGUAAUGUGAGCAAUAUUCUAAGGCUUUGCAUUAUAAUUCUAGCUAUUUUAAUUGAAUAAUGAUGCUUUGAGCUGCCUUGUUAUGAUCAAAUGCCACUGGUGACUAGCUGUACACCCCCUAUGUGGAUUAUGUUUCCCAUGAUGCUAAAUAGGGGAGUGAAUAUUAUGGUGUCUAUAGCUGGAUUGCCAAAGGUUAGUCAUGAUUGCCAUGAAUACACACAUUCCAGUUUCUCUAUCUGUACAGUCCUGCAAGGAGAAAUGGUCAUUGCAGAUAUUGAUUUCAUAUUUUGUGCUUAAUGCAAAACCUAUGUUUUAUUUUUUAUUUUUUUUUGUAGUUUAUUUUUCAUGCUCCAUACGUCUCUUGUUUUAUUCAGGUGCUGUGAGAGUGGGUUUAGUUGAUGGCGAGUUUAUCAUUAAUCCUACUCGAAAAGAAAUGUCUACAAGCUCACUAAACCUCGUAAUCACUGGACGUGCCAAGAGUGAGAUAGGUAAGAUGAAUUUUCUUACUUUUUACUACAGUUAUUGCUUUAACUGAAGAUUAGUGCGUUUUGGGUGGUGGUUGUUGUGUUUUUUUUUUUUGUUUUUUUUUAGGAUUUUUAUGUUAUGUUAUAUCUUUAAAAAAAAUAAAAAUGAAUCCACCAAGUCAGUCGUGGAAGAAACAGGUUUAUGAGGCUGGACAUAGGAAAUAAGGCUUUGACUCGAGUGAGAAGAGCAGAGAGGAGAAACCUCCAAGCAACGAGACCGUGUGGAGACAACACAUGCGAGUUUGGGAGCAUCCUGGAAAUAGGGAUUGAAAACCAUAGACAAAUUUGAAUUAGUAUGCCAGGAAAUAAAAAAAGUAACCCCGUCAGGAGAAAAAAAUAAACGCAUCGACAUUGAAAGCGUGCAUUUUGGAAACUUGGCGUAAGAAAACAAGGCACAAAAGCAGUGCAAUCUUAGCCAAAAGCUGACUAAGGGAUAAAUUCAUGUUAUCUGGCCAGUCUAGAAGGAAGCGAAGAACGAGACUCACAUCUCAAAGUUAGGAAUAUUUAGGGGCAGGAGGACAAGACAACUUAAUGCCCCAAAGAAGCUUGCAAACCAAAGGGUCUUGGCCGAUAAGAGAACACUGCACUGGGACAUUUGCCGCCAAUAUAGCAGAUCGCACAAUGUUAAUAGAUCCGUAAGAUUUCCCCAGCACAAAAACAUGAGAAGAAACUCAAGACAAUGGCAAUAAGGGCAGUAAAUGGAUUGGAACCCCUUAACAGACAGCAACUUCACCAUGUGUUCUAUGCCGACAAGUAACAGCUCAGAGUUCCAAGAGGCCAGGAAUCCCUUAGUCAUCUUCUGACGUUCCAGUUUCCCAAGAAAGGGUCCAAGCAAGCAUUUGCACAAGUUGUUCCCGAGCCCCAAAGACUCGUUUGAGUGAGCAUGACCCAUGAUGUGAUCUGUACUAGGUGUAGAACUAGCGCAGAUUAGGAGUACCAAGAUGGCUGAUGUGGGCAGGAUCACAAGUCGAGAAAGGCACAGCAAGCCUUAAAAGGCUUAAAACAUAUUUGAUGUUCUCUGGUUGUUUCUCUUGUUUAGUUUGUGCUGCACUGGAGUGCUACUAAAAAGACACUUAAGCAAAAAAUGAAGCCUCCGUUCAUGUGAUAAAAUUGCUCUACAACUGUUUUUGUUGUGUAUCAACUUUGAGUUGAAUGGUUUAUAUUCCACAGCCCAUAAUAAUUAUUUUGUACUAGAUUUGUGUUUUAUGGAUUGAGCUUUAAUACAUAAUGGAGUUCAAUUCUGUUUCUAUUCUUGCAAAGUGAUAACAAAUGUUCAUUGCAGUUCCAAAAAAAUGCAACAGUUAUACAAUUCCAUCUAUCAGCUGUAUAUAUGUUUUGUUUUUCGUUGUUGUUUUGUAUGUGUCUGUGUGUUGUAAUAUUUGAUAUGUAUGUUCCAACCAAUCUUAUAACAGUAUUCAAAUUGUGUGUUGAGGCAGUUAGAAUUAUGCAGCCUCUGCGUGAGCAACCGUUAUUUUCACCUGUCUGCUGUCUUUAAUAAACAGACACUGAUUUACCCACAACUGGCAUUCGAGCUUUACUGGUACAAGCGCCUGAUCAAAAAGACAACAAAAAAACAUUACGUGUGUCUGUUUUCUCAACCUUCCCGGGGGUAUUUUGUGUAUUCUUCAUUCUCGAGUCCUCUACCACAGGCCCGGGAGUCUCAGUGAUCUGCACAGUGUCCUAGAUCUGCACUCUUCUGGGUAGAUCUUGCAUGUCCCACAUGUAUUCUGCUGAAGACACUUUCCCAACUUGGAGUUUACAUCCCCGAGUGCUCCUGUCGCAUCUGGGACUACUACUGCUUCACUUUCCACAUCCUUUUUUAGCUCCUUUUUUAGCUCCUAUUUCAGCCCUAUUGGCUCACCUUUUCAUGUUAUAGUCACUGGGUAUUGCUAGAUACAGCACCACUGCAAUAUUCCGUUCCUUGCCUACUUCCAUGAUGUUGGGUUUGUUAGCCAGUACUUGUUUGUCUGGUUGCAUCUGAAAAACCUACGCCCUUUGUGGCACCUUGCAUCUGGACUUGGGCAGGUACGGCCGUAUUCUAUGCAGAUGUUUCAAUAAACAAUGUAUAGUAUGUGCUGCCCGUGCUGACAUCUUGCACCUGGCUACUAUGUGCUGGAUUGGCUCUGCGGCCCCUCUGCACAUGUGUCCUGUCUGGUGUGCUUCCAAUAAUUUGUUGCUGAUUGCUAUUUCCUUUGAUGAAUCUCUCGGAUUGUAAAAAUGAUGCAGUCACUUCUCAGCCUUUUGAUUCUCUCAUUAGAAGGAUGUGGAAUAUUUUAAUAUCUAGAGUCCCACUGUGCUCCAGGCCUGGUCACUGCAGUUGGUGCUUUUCACCACAUGAUGUUUGACCUUGUAGAAUGCACAACAGCUCAUAGUGUGGCAUGCCAAUCGACCCUUCUAGAACAUUUCUCAUUCUGUGCCGUUGGAUGAGGAGCUGGUGAAAAUUUGUACUUCUAACUAAGUGCUGGGUGCCAGCAAUGACUUUUUUUUAUUUACUUUUAUUCAUUUUGCAUGCAUACAAUCUGACACACAUAUAAAUUAUUGGCAUUCAGUGAGAUACUAAGAAUAAAAUAUUCAUAUGUGUGGUGCAUUCUGAAAACACAUUUAUCGUGAUGUAAUCUGCAUAUUUUUUUUAACUCCAUAUUGGUGAUAUGUCCUCUCUUGUCUUGUAGUUAUGAUAGAGGCUGCAGCUGAGAAUGUGUUACAACAGGAGUUUUGCCAUGCUGUGAAACUGGGGGUGAAGCAUUCCCAACAGAUAGUUCAAGGUAUUCAACAGUUGGUAAAACAGUGUGGGAAGGAGAAGCGAACAAUACAGAAGGCAUUCCUUGCUCCAUCUGAAAUUGUUGACUGUGCAAAACAGUGAGUACCGCUCCUGCCUGAAGGUUGUACUGUUUGUAUCUAUUCAUUUCCACAAACCUGGUGAGGGGAAUCAAUAUGUAUUGAGGUCACUCCAGACCUGUAAACAACUUUAGCUUGCUGAAAAGCUUUACGUGUGAAGAGUGUGUCCUCUUUUUUUCAUUUUGCAAAAAAUACAGAUUGAAAUAGAAAUGUACACUUUUAUGAAUUAACCUGGUUACACCCCCUUGACUUUUAAGCUGACAACAGGUAAUGUUACUUCCUGGUUUGGUUUGCUCAAUGCAACUGACCUCAAGAGGCAGCAAUUGCCCAGAGCACCUGACGUACAAAGACUUCUCAUUGAGCUGCAUUAGGAAGUCUGUGAUUGAACAGCCACAUGAAGUCUGGCGGGGUAAGAAGGAGAGGGUUUGCAAAGGCAGCAGACAAGAUCUGCAGUUUUUGCAAGCUGUUUUUAGGUAUAUCCCCAAUUGAAAAAAAAAUACAUAAUUAAAUGCAUGCAAGUUUUCAUUUGUGGUAUAUGUGCUAAACAGUGAUUUUUAUUUAAUUUGUAUUUGGGCAGUGGAGUGCCCCUUUUACUUAAUCACUGAAGGAUGCGUCAAAAUAGUUGAGGUAAUACUGAAAGAUUCCUGGUACUCUGUCUUGCAAAAGAGGAGGAUCAAGUCUCUUUUGUUUUUUGUUUUAUUUAUUGAUCUGCUAUUUGGAACUGUACACUGUUAUUGGUUAAUAUAAUGUAUACAUAGUUUAAUGGUGUUACACAGGGCUGUCUUUAAUAAUGGUUGAGCCCUGGGCAUGCAUUUGUUUGGGCCACCUAGACCCUGCCCUCCCACUCCCUGGCAUGCAAUCACACACGCCACUACAACGCAGUGGCAAAACUAAAGGAGAGAGGGCACUGGUGCAAGACUCUUUUGGGCCCUGUUAUUGCAAGGGUUGCCAAAAGGUAGAUCCUCAUCUGUCAUGCAACUCUAUCAAUGCUUUGACUGCUGGGGCUCUACCAUUUUCCCAUGCUUGCAAGGUUGUAUUUAGCAAUGAGCAAUGUUUGUGUGUUUAAAUGUAAGCAUAUUUUUGUAUGGAGUAUGUUUGUGUGAAUGUAUGGGCGUGUUUGUAUGUGGUGGUGACGUUUGAAUGCAAGCAUGCAUUUAUGUGUAGUGUUCAUUUUUUUUUAAUGCAGGGCUGUGAUUAUAUUUCAUUUUGGUGUUUAACACAGGUGUGCUUGUAUGUAAUGUUGACAUUUGAAUGCAGGAGUGUGUUUGUAUGUAGUGUUGAAGUUUGAAUGCAGGGAUGUAUUUGUGUGUAGUAUUGAAUGCUGAGAUGGAUGCACAUAAACACUGACACAGAUACAUGCACACAGAUACACAACUUUACACACAUACUGAUACACACACUGACACACAUGCAGAUACACAGAUUGCUUACAUAUAGAUACUUUGAUACAAUGAUAACAUACAGAUACAGAACCUGACACACCUGCAAAUACACACUGACUAUACAGAUACACACACUAACUAUACACAUACACUGAUCAUAUACAGGCAACAUGCAGAUGUGCGCGCACACACACCGACAACAUACAGAUACUAACAGACAUACAGACACACGCUAACACACAGAUACAUACACUGACAGACAUACUGAUGCACACAUUUACACUGACGCAUACACUGACAGACGCGCGCGCGCACACACACAUUGAAAGACCUAUGACAUACUUAACACACGUAGACACACACAAAGUAGAACACACUCAGACACAAUCACACAUACAAUGACAGACAUACUGACACACAAAUGGAUACACACGCACGCACAUACAGUGACACACACACUAACACAUCUACACUGACAGAUAUAGUGACAAUCAGACACAUUGACACACCCACUACACACACACAAAAUACAAUGACAGACAAGAAGCCCAUGCUUGGUGAGCACCACGCUUAUCCAAUCAAAAGCUUUGUUGGCAGACAACUGCAAAUGCAGUCUCUUGCAUUCCGUGCAUUGGCCAUGUUGUAGCAGGCAGGUGCAAUCUUUAAGUAUGUGAUAUAUAUAUAGUCUACUAGAAUUUGAUGCAGUGAAUUACUUUAACUCUUAAUUACCUAAUGUGAUUUAAUUCAUCUGACCACUAAUGCCUAGUUUUGUUGUUUAAUAGGCAUGCAACUGAAAAAAUAUAUGCAGUAUUUUCAGAUUUUACACAUGACAAAGUAAGUAAGGUGAAAAUGUAUCUAUUGUAAGUCUGCUCCCAAUGUGGUGUAAUGAAAAAAAUAACCAGAAUUUGUUUGUUUUCUUUAUUCUCCUGAAGUACAGGAUGUCUGGUUGUCAUAUCUUUUAUAUACAAUAGAAAUACUGUGAACUACAGUUGUAUGGGGGCUAACUGUAUUAAAGAAAUACAAGCAUUCUGAACGCUAUAUUGUUCUAUUCUAUUUAGAUUCAGGGGCCUCUCUAAAAAAAUUUUUUUUUUUUUUUUUAAGUGUUUUACUUGCCUUUUGUUUAUCACUGUGUCUUACUUCAUGCUGUCUCCUCUUCAUCUUUUGUCCAAUCCAGUGCUUCUCAUGGAGAAGCAUUGGAGACAAGAAGCACAUACUUGGGGAGCACCACGCUUAUCCACUCAAAAGCUUCUCGUAGGGAUGCAAUGCUUCCCUGUGAUAAGCAUUUGACGUCUUUCGACAUCCUCAUGCAAUGUGUGAUGAUGUUGAACAUCAGAGCAGAAGCACCCUCUUGUGGCUGUCAGGAAACUACCAACUUACGAUGAAACAAAGUAAUAUCACCAGGAAUGUCUGUGCCACAAUCUCAGCCUAACUGCAAUUUUUGUUUAGUAGAGACAGGCAUUGAUCUACCUCUUUCCUAACACAAAAUUUGGACCAUGUCAAAAGGAAAAUAUAAAAACAUGUUUAAGCUAAUUAUGCUUUCGGGGAUGUAUAUUUGUUUUCUUUUAUGUUUUGUUUAAUAUCAAGCAAGACAAUGCAAACUUCGUCUUAAUUUUGUGCCUUUUAAAUUAUUUUUUUCGGGAGCCGCAAUGCAUUGUUUCAGGAGUUAUACCUCGCAUGCUUUCAAUAGGACUGAGUUGAUUUUUGCAAUGGAAGUCAAUGUAUCUUAUGCAGACGUGUGGACGAAAGUCAUGGAAUACUUGCUUUAAGAUAAAGUCAUUGUGCUUGAUGUGAGCUAUAUGAAUAUCUUAGACAUAUCAAUCAAGUCCAAACGUGCCAUCUUAUUACCUUUGUGAUUAUUAACUUUUUAUUUGUGUUUUCCUCUCCAAAAGUUUAAAUAGUGCUAUUAUGUUUUUAGAUUUCUAGAGAUGAAGCUAUAAACAAGAUAAGGCUUGAAACAGAGGAAAUACUUCGAGGUACCUUUCCAUAUUCUAAACAUGUUCACAUUUUUAAUCACAGUAAAAGUGCAGUUUUAGUGUGUAUUGAAAUGAGUGAAAAUAAAGACAAAUAUAUUGAGCUAGCAUUACCACGUGGCGAUCCGGCUGUAUUCCAGGUGCAAGCUAUUUUUAAGUUUGCAUCCCUGCUCAUCAGCCCCCAUUACUGAUAAAGGCUUAAAGGGUUACUGCAUUCUUUUUUUUCUUCAUUUUGCUGUUCAUGGUUAUAUAGGUUAUAGAGCCAUUUUAGGCAGUGAUCACUUGAUCCUUCCAGCCUUUUUGUAAAACACCUGGAAAAUAAAAGUAAAGCUUACCUUCAAUCAAGCGGGGGCCCAAUUCUUCUCUCAUAGAAAAUCAUUGUAGAAAUCCUUCGCCACAAGUGCACCAGGCCACUUAUAAUAGAAGAAUUGAAUCCAAUGCUUCUCCAUCAUAAGCAGUGAAUACUACACUGCACAUAUGUGUGGUGUGAGCCUUCAUUAGUGGCAACAUGAACUGAGUAACCCUUCAUCUCACCACUACAGCCCACCCAACAGCCAAUCUGAAGACUGGAGAAACUUUAGGAAUCAACAGAGGGAGGAGGGAAGGCUUCUCCUUGAAGGUGUGCUCACAGUGCUGCCUUUAAGAAAAGAAGUGGAUUAUGUCCUUUGUCAGCGUACCGUUCAUGCCGACAACGGACUUAUUUUUUUCCAUAUAACUAACAUUAGGCAGUCUGGAUCAGAGUUCUGGCCUGCCUAGAUCAUGUGUGCCGGGUUGCAACUACACCCCAACACAAAAUGACAGAUAUCUCUGAAUAGUCAGCGUUUCAAGCUCAGACACUGUGCAUACAGAUUGCUUGCUCCGUAAUUACUUCUAAAAGCAGUAGUGGUCAUGGAGGUGGCUAAAGUUAUUUCUGUGCAUGUUCGGAGUCUGAAUAAAAUCCAUGGGCUUUACAAUGUUGUUGCUCACAGGAUACAACAAAACAUUUGAUGUUUAAACCUGUGAGCACUAAGAAACUUAAUUAUUGAGCACCUACGUAGUGAGGCUCAUAGGUUGUAUUCUGAUUCUCAUGUAGAGGACCACAGAUCCCUCUUUCACAGAGCUCCUGCCCGGGUCCUGGUGAUCUGAGAUCAGCUAUUGCCUAGAGCAGCGGUGCCCAAAAGCUAGAUCACCAGGUGUUGUAGAACUUCAACUCCCAUGAUGCUUUGCAUGUCCUUAGAAUACGUUUAGAAUGGAAAAGCAUAAUGAAAGCUGUUUGAAAACCUCUUGGGAUCUACCUUUUGGGCACCACUGGGAUAAAGUGCAACACUACAUAAUUUUCCCUGAAAUUAUCAUGUCUGGAGUAUGAUGCCAGCACACUAUUACCUCACACUACCAACCCUCACUGUCACCACCACCCCAACGUCACCAUCCUCACACACUACCAUCCACUGUCACCAUCUUCCCACACGCCACCACCCCACACUGUCUCCUUCCCCACAUAGCUUGCUGGUGGGAACCCAUGCCUGUGCCAAAGUCAGCAUAGGAGAAUUGAAGAGCUUUUAUUUUGUGUUUGUUUUUUGUUGAGGGGGACCAAGAAAAGAAGAGUUACUUUUGACUAAAAACAGUGUUUUCUUAAAACACAGGUUUUUUUUUUUUUGGUUCUAGGAACUUUUAAGUUGUCAUGCAAUGUGAGCAGCCAAUCAGAAUGAUAGACAUGCACCACAAAGUAGACUAGGCCUUUGCAUUCUCUUGUGAAGAAAAGAUCACGUCUUUGUUUGAAAUACCCAUUGGUAGUUAAUUUCCACAGAAAUACCAGCUUUAACAAAAACUCUUGAAAAAUUUUGCCUGUUAUUUUUAAUAGUGAUAAUUGAGGUUUAAAUGGAUUCUAUAGUGCCAGGAAAACAAACCUGGCAGUGCCCCCCUUCCUCGGGUUAAAGCCCCUUCAGCCAUUUACCUGAAUCCAGCGCCCAUGUCCCUUGGUGCUGUGCCAGGCUCCAACUCUCUCUCUCUCUCUCUUCCAUCUGACGUAAUGUGCAUGUGCAGCAAUGGCCGCACUCGCUUUAGUAUCUCCCCAUAGGAAAGCAUUAUUCAAUGCUUUCCAAUGGGUAAAAAUCUGACGCUGGAAGUCCUCAUGCAGAGGACAUCCAGAAUCCGAUAAUGGACCAAAGGUCCGUUUGGAUUCCCAACAUCCCUCUAGUGGCUGUCUGAUAGACUGCCACUAGAGGAGGAGUUAACCCUAAGAGAGGUAAUUAUUACAGUUUCUCAGAAACUGCAAUAAUUACUAUGGUAGGGUUUAAUGGACAUGGGGCAUUGCACCCAGACCACUUCAAUGAGCUGAAGUGGCCUGGGUGCCUACAGUGUCCCUUUAAGACUGUUUCUAAUAAGUGAUUAUUAUUUUUAUUUUAUUUUUAUGUGAGUUAUGGGGUCAAUAUGUCUGUAUAACCAUUUCUUUAUGUAUCCAUCCCUACUCUGAAAUUUUUGCCAAUCUAUCAUCUAAAUGAAUAAUUACCUUUUUUUUUUUUCUUAUCACAUUGUUCUUCUAGAAAGAUUUCCAAGUGCAGACUCAUAUGAAAUAAUGGAGUCCUUUGGUGUUGUUUCAAAGGAAGUUUUUAGGAAUAUUGUUUUGAAUGAAUAUAGAAGGUAUUUCCAUUUUUAUUUUUUAUUAUUUUGUAAUGCACACGACGCAAGCAUUAUAAAUGUUAUUUCUGUUUUCAAAGAUGUGAUGGUAGAGAUUUGACAUCUCUACGAAACAUAAACUGUGAAGUUGAUCUUUUUAAACCCCUUCAUGGAUCUGCCCUUUUCCAGAGAGGCCAAACACAGGUAUGUGCUGAAACAGCCCAGGAUAAUUCAACACAAUCACAAAAAACAAAAUAACACAAAAAUGUGUUAUUUCAGAGAAUAGAGCAAACGCUGUUGAUAUUUAAAGGGACACUCCUGGGAUGGACACACAUUAGGGGCAGUGUAGAAGUCUGGUUAUAGUUAUGCUUGGUGGAUUACUGUAAUAUGCAUUUUAUUAAAUUAUAGAUUCUGGCCAUAACCCCCAAUCUAAACUCUUCGCAAAUUGUUAUCCUUAGUUGCAGAGCAGGAGUUUAUGGGAGCUGAAAUCCUGCUCUGUAUGUUAAAGUGAAAUGAAAACUGAAGUAUAACUCCUAUAAAGCCCUAUUGGAUGGCAUUUAUGGGAUAUGCUCGGCAUUCCCAUUUAAAAAUAAAAUAAAAUGGGGGAGCAUCAUGAGUUUGGUGAGAUGAGAUGUUGCAGCAAAUGCAGGGCUUUCAAAUGUGAUCCUUUUUGGAAUUUUGCAUAUAUAAUUUUAGUGUGUCAUUAGUUUUUUGUAUUCUAGGCCUCUAAAUAAAUAAACUGGUUUUAUUUUAAAAGAAAGCAUAUUAGAAUAUUAGGUAAUUUGUUGACAUUUAAUUUGUACAAUAACACACAGUUGCUUUAGGAUACACCAGAUAUUGCAUUUUGUAGGUUUGGGAUGUUUUUGUUUGUUGUUUGUUUUUAUUUUUUGUGGUUGGGUUUUUUUUUUUUUUUUUUUUUCAAAAGCAACAAUUCACAACUUGGUAAAUUACCCAAGUAUUCUUCCAAGGAAUGUUCCAGGGCUUUGUUGUUUUUUAGAGGUGUCAAAGUUAUGUGCACAUACCAUAUUUGUAAUUUCUUUGAGGUAAUCAACAAGAGCCUUCAGAUGUAAUCUGACCCACAACACAACAGUUAUUUAGCUGCCAGGAACACUGGCUUAUGAAUGGUAACAACUCCCACAGGAAUUAUUUUCCAUCUCAAGAAGUGAUGGUAAAUAAUAUUGUCUUGCAUAACAGAUAUUGGCAUGAAGCCACAAAAAUACUACGAGGCCCAAAAAUACUGAUGGCAAGCCAAUAAUAUCUUACAAAGUAGUUGCACAUUUCAGUAACAUGUUCACAUAGAGCAGGUGGCUUAGAAGAUUUGCGUGGGUAUUAUAUUAUGAAUAUUCAACAUGUUCACUCAUAUUAAUCUUUCUUUAUUCAUACAGGUUUUAUCAACUGUAGCAUUUGACUCUAUUGAAUCCAGUAUGAAAUUCGAUCACAUUGCAUCAGCAUUAAGGUAUUUACCACUAUGUAGAUGUUGUUGAAUACGUAAGCUUAUAUUUUAAUAAAAACAAACGUGGAUAUUUAUUGACAUAAGUUAUGAUAAAUUAACACAAGUCUGUCAUUUGCUUUUGAAAUAGAUUAAAUAUGGGAACUCUCUAUUUAGGCAAAAUAAUUCCAUUCAGGGCUUCUGGACACAUAAUAUACCAUGAAACUAAAGAAUAAGUGGUUUCUGAUUGCAUCCAGAAUUCAGAGAGGGGCUAAUGUGUUAGGAUAUCUUCAAAGGAACACUAUAGUAUCCUUCUGCCCCGGCUUUCACUUACCUUAUGCCAGUGCUGAGGUUCCAUGGCUCUGGCUCUGUCACUGCCUCCUCUGAUGUCAUUGCGAGGGUGAACUUAAUACGCAUUCACUAGGCUUUUCCCAUAGGAAAACCUUGAAUCAGUGCUUUCCUAUGGAGAUUUAGACUUAGGAGAAUCAAAAUAGUGGCAUCUGUCUCAAGGAACUGUAACUCCCACUUAUCUUGGGCAAACUGAGACUUUCAUGUUUUGGUGCUCAUUCUUACUCCUAGUAUCCAGGCUCCUACCUCACAUCCAAUCAGCCACCUCAGUCUUAUCAGAUUCUAAACCCUGAAGAUGCACCUUUCUACUAGUGUCCUCAAGUAUUCAUUAAUGCAGUCCUCUAGUUGGCUCCCCUAAGUUCACCUUAUUGGAUUCCCAGUAUUUCUUUCUCGCAACCUGUGUAACCUGAACUCUGAUCGUUGCCUCGCCAGACUGAAACAAUCAUAUAUACCACCAGUGUAACACCGUUGUUCUAGAAUUUAGUUCCACGCAUCUUUGUUGUGCUUUGUAUGCUCAGUAGUUUACUGCAAAAAAUGAGAACUGAGAAUGGACAAAAGCUUAAAGAAACUCCGUAGUUUGCCCAACGGUAAAUCCCCACUCAAAAUAGCUUUUGUUCACUUGUGCAAUUACAAUCAGAACCUUUACCAUUUACAUAUCAGACUGAUCUCACCCGUAAGGGCAGUCCAGAACAGAAAUGCCGGCAAGUUCUCUCUGCACGAGAGAUACAGUAAUCCCAGGCGAUCAUUUCGGCUUUCUUUGGGCCUAGUCAGUGAGGUGUAGCUGAUACCCCUCUAGGCACUGUGAGCACGUGAUCCACGUCUGGAUUACCCUUUUAACAAAAACAGAGAAUAUAAGAACUUUGAGAACGGACAAAAGCUUUGAGAAACUCUGUAGCUUGCCCUUGAGUAAAUCCCCGCUCAGGUCUCCGAAUAGUUUUUGCUCACUUGUGCUAUUACUGAGAGAACCUAUUCCAAGGCAUAACAGACUGAUACCACCCAUAAGGGCAGUCCAGAACCGAAAUGCUGGCAAGUUUUCUCUGCACGAGAGAUACAGCAACCCCAGAUGAUCGUUUACUGGAAUUUUCUAGCCAGUCAGCGGUGCCCCCACCUGGUGGCACUCUGCUCUUCCUUAAGCUCAAUUUCAGAAACCAGAUGCCGCUGGAAGAGCAAGAGAUCUAGCCUGGGAGACAAUCUUUGGAGUUUAACUACUUGAUAAGGGUUUACCCCCUCAGGUAAGAAAACACCAAAUGGGCAUCCUGGCACUAUAGCAAUUUAAUUUCAAUUAAGUUGUUAUAGUACCUGGAGUGUUCUUUUCAAUCUCAUUGAAAUUAUCUGUGCACACUGUAUCUGUCCCCUUAACACUGCAAUGGAUUGCAGUUUCUGUGAGACUGCAAUGUUUAUAUUGCAGGGUUAAGAUUGCCUCUAGUGGCUGUCUCUGUGGGGAUGGCUUAAUGUGUGUGCAGCGCUUGCUGCACAUGCACAUUAAGUUUUUCUUGACGUGCUAAUGUCGGAGGAGGAGAUGGAGCCGGUGCCAAGAAACCUCGGCACUUGAAUAAAUAGUGUGUUUAAAAAAAAAAAAAAAGGCUUUUAACCCUUUAUUUGCUGGAGGGGUUGUGGCACACCUUAGUGUUAUGACUACUAAACUGUAUUCCUAACAUUCAAGUUGCUGUAAGGCAACAUUGCGAUUUGUAACUCUCUCCUUUAAUUGGCUUUGAGAUUAAAUUUACUUAAUCGUUGUUUAAUUCUACAUUACAGAAUCAAUGGUUUCGGUUUCUAAGCAAAACCUUUCAUCAAAUAAGUUUAUAUUAAAAUUAUUAAAAUGUUCUUUAGAUUGUGUUAAUGCCAGUGCAUUUUUGUUGGUUUCAGUUGAAUUAUUUAGAUGUUAUUUAUAUACGUCAGCAAGCAGAACUGUAUCGUUGUCGAAAUGUUCUUGUUUUAUUAUAGUUGGAAAAAGCUAUAAUUUGAUGUAACCUGGAAUCCUUUUCUCUUUUUUUUUUUUUUUUUACGUCUUAAAUGGCAAAGUGAUGUACUCUCCUUUCUUUUGAAAUGGUUUUAAGCAUCUCUUACAUUUAAGAGGUUAAAUAAAUACAAGGACCGUGUUUUAAUGGAUGUUCUGGCGAGGAAAGGUGUCCUUUCAAUUGGUUCAUCUGAAAUGGUUACAUAUGGGCUAAACAUGAUUCAGUAGCUAGAAAGCAAUUUUUCUAAAAUGUUAGGAGUGCACAUUUAGCACAAACGAGUCAGUGGUCUGACAUUUAAAUUGCCUCGCUUCUGUUUUCAUGAAUGAUAAAUGUGAGCGUUUUAGUAAUUGCAAGAAAUUAAUUGAGUGGGUGUUUACAAGCUGUUAGAUUCAGAUCAUAUUAAACAAUUUCCAUAUAAACUAUUUCAAACACACAUUUCUGCGUGACUGAUUUGGUUUUUGCUUUAGAAGAAAAUUAACUUGCGCUAAUUUUAGGUGAAUUUUAAAUUAUUUGAAUUGAAUUGCUUUACAGUGUUUUUUUUCUUCUUACAGUGGUCUAAAAGAUAAAAAUUUCAUGUUACAUUAUGAGGUAGGAAUUUAAGAGGAUUCAUUUUUGUUUUUAUAUUGCUUGAUCAAAAUAUUAUACCGUUAAAAUACUUUUAUAUGUUCUAAUACAAACUGUUUAAAGUAGAAUAUGUGCUAAGAUAGGGCUUUUCCACAUAUAGUGUUUAACUUCUUAAUCCCUUAAAGGACCACUAUAGGCACCCAGACCACUUCAGCUUAAUGAAGUGGUCUGGGUGCCAGGUCCAGCUAGGAUUAACCCUUUUUUCUGUAAACAUAGCAGUUUCAGAGAAACUGCUAUGUUUACCUAUGGGUUAAUCCAGCCUCUAGUGGCUGUCUCAUUGAGAGGCCCCGAUAGAGGGCUUCCGCGCUUCUCACUGUGAUUUUCACAGUGAGAAGACGCCAGCGUCUUUAGGAAAGCAUUGUGACGGGAGGAGAGGAGGAGGAGAGUCCCCCGCCCGGCGCUGGAGAAAGAGGAAAGUUUAACCCCUUCCACCCCCUAGAGCCCGGCGGGAGGGGGACCCUGAGGGUGGGGGCACCCUCAGGGCACUAUAGUGCCAGGAAAACGAGUAUGUUUUCCUGGCACUAGAGUGGUCAUUUAAAGGAACACUAUAACACUAUAGGGUCAGGAAUAAAAAUGUGUAUUUUUGAUGCUAUAGUGCAGGCAUAGGAAACCUUCGGCACUCCAGAUGUUUUGAACUACACCUCUCAUGAUGUUUUGUCAGCAUUAUGGGGUAUGUAGUCCACAACAUCUGGAGUGCCAAAGGUUGCCUAACCCAGCUAUGGUGUUUAAAACACGUUACGCCCCCACCCCAAUACCACUCUUAAAGAAGUUGUUUAUUUGCCUUUAAUCCAGUGCCAUGCGGGUAUGCCACUGCUGGCCCCUCCUCCGACUUCCCUCCUUUGCUGACAUCAUCAGAAUUGAUGAUCUCAGCCAAUCACAAUGCUUUCCCACAGGAUUGGCUAAGGUUGUCAAUUCUGAUGACCUCAGCCAAAGAGGCAGGAUGGGCCAGAGCCAAGCGCUGCCCUGGCCAAUCAGCAUCGCCUCAUCAAUGCAUUUCUCUGAGGAAAGUUAAGCAUCUCCAAGCAGAGCGUGACGACAGUGGACCCAGGAAGCACAGUACAUAUGUAAAAUAAGAGGACAGGAAACACAAUAUAGGGUAGUAUGUUCUUCUACUCAAUGUAGAAAAUAUAGAAACGCACUUACAGUUUAUUUGAGCUUCUGAUCAGCUCCAAGUAUUAGCACCUGGGCGGUAUGAUCUCCUCUUAUGGAUAAACUUGUUCAGUGGAGUAUUGGCAGGUAGUGUCAUCAGGAUCCGGUCACAGAAGGAAUGUGUGUGAGUCCCGGCAUAGACCGCAGCUAAUCACGGAUGUAGAUAUUAUGUAAAAGAAUAAAAACACCCAAUAGUGCUCACUGGUAAGAACAGUAAUACAAAUAAAUUCAAGAAGAGGUACUCACAAAAGGAGAGUAAAAUAGGUUUUGCUCAAUCCAAAAAGCAUAGGUGGUAUAAACCCCACCAAGGAUGUUAUGGAAAUCAUCUCAAUAAAAUCUUCUAAAAGCACUCAGAAGGGUCCAUGGUAGAUAAAAAGUUUACUAUUUUUAUUAGGUGAUAAAUAUAUAAAUUAUGAAAAUACACUUGUCGCGUUUUGCCAAAUAACAGGCUUUAUCAAAGUGUUCCUGAAAAGGCAGUUUACAGGAAAAUGCCUGCAGGGACUGACUAUACUCAACAAUAUAGCUACAUUAAGCUGUAGUUGUUCAGGUGACUAUAGUUUCCCUUUUUCCAUUUAAGGACGUAGCCAAUUGUACACAUUCUGGUCUGAACAAAACGUAUAGCAAGCCUAGAAUUUGAGCAAUAUGUUUGUUCAACCAUAAUUGACCUCUUUCAUAUUAAGUGCAACCGCACUUAUUAUAUAUCAUUUUGUUUAGGAGAAACAAGGCUUUCAUUUCACUUCAAAUAUUUAUAUAUGAAGCAUAAUUUAAUAUGAAUAAAUUCAAAAAAUUAGUCAUUUUUGUUCUUUUUCAAGUUCUGCAUGGCUUUUGAACUGUCACAAUACUGUUGGCUUUUACUGCAAUAAAUUAAACAUAUUUGUUUGGCAAUGUCUCAUGGGUACAACAGUACCCACCCUGUAUAGAUUUUUUGAUAUUUUGGAAAGUUACAGGUUAAAUGUAAGGCUUUCCCUUUUUUAGUUUUUACACAUUGAAAUUUGCCAGUUUAGUUUGCUGGGCUUUGACAUCUAGCAGCCCAGGAAUGAAAAUUAACCCCAUCAUGGCAUACCAUUUGCAAAAGUAGACAACACAGAGUAUUCAAGAUUUGGGGAUGUCCAGUCUUUUGUAACUGCCAAUUAGUCACAAAACCUAAACAAAUUUAGUGCCCAUAUAUUUUUUUUUUCUUUUGCAUUUUUACAUAAAAAACGCACUUUCACUGAUAUCAUCCUCAUCAUUACAAUUGUUCAUGUUUUAAAACACUCAUAUUUGCGUUCAGCAUAGUUUUAAAAACACCUAACCUAGGCAAAAAACUAUGGGAUUUUAAUUGUAGUAUAUGAUCAUAAAUUGCAUAAACCUGCCACAACUUAAAUGUAUCCCAUUCUGGGCAGGUCCUACUCUAGCAACCUAAUGCCUGCUCUUAUGAGAUUAAUCCACUUACUUGGGAUAUACUUCCUCCUGGAACGCUUUGCAAUACAAGGUUAAAGGACCACUAUAGUCACCCAGACCACUUCAGCUCAUUGAAGUGUUCUGGGUGCCAGAUCUCCCAGGUUUUAACCCUUCAGAUGCAAAGAUAGCUGUUUCAGAGAAACUGCUAUGUUUACAUCGGUGGGUUAAUCCAGCCUCUAGUGGCUGUCUUCCUGACAGCCGCUAUAGGCACUUCUUCGCCACUCUAAGCGAAAAGCGCAUUGAGCACACAGAACGUCCAUAGGAAAGCAUUGAGAAAUGCUUUCCUAUUGGCGUUUUUAAUGCGCGCGCGGCUCUGGCUGCGCAUUCGGCUCCACUCGGGAGCUGACGUCGGAGGGGAGGAAAGGUCACUAGCGCUGGGCUCCUUCGUUUUAACUCCUUCAGCCCAGCGGGAGGAGGUCCCUGAGGGAAAGGGGAACCUAAGGAUUAUAUAGUGUCAGGAAAACGAGUUAAAUAGGGCACUGGAAUGAGGCACUAGUGACAGGGAGGGGUGCAAAUCAAAGGAUUUGGCCUGGACUCCCAAAUAUAUAAAUGAAACCAUCCAUACUUGCAAGGGUGCCACUUGGGCCAAAUCACACAAUAUACAAAAUCCAGCGCACUCACUCAUUUACUAUAUAUUCUUCAUCUAUAUUUAUGUAGUCUUUUCACGUAAUUAUGUGUUUUUAUUUAUGAUAAUUUGAGGGACCUGUCUGACAACCAGGGCAGAAAGUAAAGACAAUGGUGCUAUCUUAGAAAAUCCCCAUCAGCUAUACAUUAAUACGAGGCCAAAACCUAUAAAAUGUACUUUAACAUUAAGUAUACAAAGCUGUUUCUCACUAUUGAGAUUUAUUCUCCCAACCCCCUAGCAUCCCACCCCUCUCCCCCUGAAAAAAAACCUUCAGUUAUAAAUUAAAUAAGGAUUUCUUACUCAUACACACUGUGUGUAUGAGUAAAUAGUAUGUAAUAUAGUGUUAGUUACAUAAAAGAUGUCCUCUUCCGUACAUUGACAAGCAAGUCUCCAUAUGUUAAGCAUUCAUUGUAUGUAAUAUCAUUGAAAUUGGUUCAUUCAUAAAAAAGUUUUUGACCCUUUAAACCCUACUCUUUUUUUUAUUAUUUUUUUAUGAAUGAAUUAAAUUCAAUGAAUGCUUUACAUAUGGAGACUUGCUUGACAAUGUACAGAAGAAGACAUCUAUUAAAUGAGUUCCAGUACAAAGAAAUCAGCAAUAACGAAAAAGAGAAGUCACCAGAAUCACAGCCAAAGAAUAUCUAGCAAAAUAAAGGACUCCAUUACAGCUUUAAAAGGAGGGAAAUACAUCACUAUAUACUCUACUUAUAUAUUUUGUAAACAGUCACAAAUACGACAGACUACAGACAUGUAUAGCUCUUCAGGAAGUAUUAAGAGAUUUAUAAGCUUCUUAGGCUGAAAACCGUAAAGGUGCACCAUGCCAAUUAGGUCUGUCCUGGGCCUAACCCUCAAAAUUUAUGUAGACAAACUGUACUGGAUGUCCUGUAAAAAUAGUGAUUGAGCCUGAUAAGUAUGUUCACUGCUCCUACUUCCGCUUGCAAGCAUUGCUUUCCCUUAGGCUGAAUUUGUGCAAGAGGUAUUCCCAUAGGAGUGUUUCCAUGAUAACACUCGCAGAGUCCAGCCUUCUAAUCUCUGUGCCAAAUGGCACAGACAACUAACUGAGAAGAGUUGGGAACAGCUUUUUAUUUAAUUCUGCUAGCACAAUGUAUAGGUGCAAUUUCAUUCUACGUUAUCUGAGAUUAAGUUGUAUUGUCAUGACAGCUACUCUAUCAGUGCUUCUUUACUUGUAUCUGAGCAUGAUAUUUUAAAUAGAAUGUUAGUGACUUUCCUCAAGAAGUUUCCUCAUUGGCAUAUGUACUAGUAAAGCUGUCUUGAGGUACUUAAUAAAGCGGUUUUCCCCUGUAGGUAAAUCUCCACUUUAACCCCCCAUCUACUUAAAGGACCACUAUAUGAAGUGGUCUGGGUGCCAGGUCCCCCUAGUUUUAACACUGCAGCUAAAACCAUAGCAGUUAGAGUAACUGCUAUGUUUACACUGCAUGUUUAAUCCAGCCUCCAGACCUCCAGCGUCAAAGAUCCCCAUAGGAAAGCAUUGAGUAAGGCCGCGCAUGCCCAUUCGGCUCCACUCGGGAGCUGAUGUCGGUGGGGGAGGAGAGGUUACCAGUGCAAAGGAAGCCCGGCGCCGGAUUAGGGUAAGCAAAUAAAUGGUUGACCAUUUAGUCGCCGCAGAACAGGGCACUAGUCGCCAUAUAGGUGACUAGGGCUCUAUAGCAUUAGGAAUACAUAUUUGGAUUCCUAACUCUAUAAUGUUCCUUUAAUGAAAUACUCCUAUUGAGUGUGUUGGAAUUUCACUGAUCAUUCAGCCCAUUUAAAAGAUAUACUGAGUCAAAGUAGAACCUAUUUUAUCUUAGCCUGACAUUUAUUGACAUUGGACGGUGUGAAUUCCCCAGCCAUCACCAGUUUGUUUUUGUGUUUGUUUGUUGUUGUUUUUUUGUCUCUUGGUCAUACGUAUGUUCAAAAUGAGGCUGGCAGAAAUUAAGGAGACUCCACUACUGCCCAAUUGAUGAAAUUAAUAAUACCUUCAUUGCAAGAUUCUGUAAAAUCUCCAACAUACAAUGAUUAAAAAAAAUAUGCUCCUAGGAAUCAUGGUGAUCUACAUGUUUCGUACUCAAAGCACAUUAUCAAGACCAUAUGUAUGUUCACAAAGAAUAAUAGUUUGCUAAUGUUUUAUCUCUAGUUUCCUCCGUAUGCGACAAAUGAAAUUGGUAAAGUCACUGGCAUUAACAGGCGUGAAAUGGGUCAUGGUGAGUUUUUAAAAACAUUUUGGGGUAGAGAUUUGGCUAAAUCCAAUUUAUGCAAUGGCUGAAUAACUGCAACAUUUAUAUGACUUCAGGUGCUCUGGCAGAAAAGGCAUUAAGACCGGUAGUUCCAAAAGACUUUCCUUUCACAAUCAGAGUAUCUUCGGAAGUAUUAGAAUCCAAUGGUAAGUCCUUACAACUUACUCUUACUAACAAGCAAGAAAAUGUUAGGAACCCUUCAUAUCUAACAAACCGUCAUUAUCUGUGUGAUAUCAAUAGGUUCUUCGUCCAUGGCUUCUGCAUGUAGUGGCAGUUUGGCAUUAAUGGAUGCAGGUAUGCUUGGUAAUUCGUAAUACGAUCAUUUUGUUAUGAGUACCACAAUAAUGACCUUUUGACAAUGUGACCAUUAGGAGUUCCAAUUUCUGCUGCUGUUGCUGGAGUCGCAAUUGGACUUAUUACAAAGUACAACCCUGAAAAGGAAGGUGACAUUGAAGACUACCGUUUACUCACAGAUAUUUUGGUAUGUGUAUUUAUUGUAAAUCUGUUAAAGGGACUCUUUGGCAUCAUAACUAUUUCAUUUCAUUGAUAGACUUCUAGUGUCUCUUCAUUCCAGUUUUAAACUGCAUUUGAGCAAUUCAACACUAAAUAAAGGUCCCUGACCCCCUCUGAAGAUAUGGCUAAGACAGAGAUUAUACACUUCCUUCUAGCAAUGCCAGUUUAUACCAGCAGUGGUAGCUGUAAUAGGCUGAAAGAGGUCAGCUGGCACUCUCAACCACUCAUUGUUACUCAGGUUAAUACUGCCAACACCUUUGGUUUGUAUUAAACCUAUUACUGUACCUACACUGUCCCUUUAACUCUGUUUUAUUUCAUGAUAAACAUCAAUUGAAGUGUUGCCUCCACAAUGCCUAUUCAUAAAAUGGUUUACUUGAAUAAACUUGCUCUGUGAAGAAAUUUGUGUGUAUGUACAAGCUUGGAUUAAUUGUUUAUCGGAUCUGGCCUUAAUGAUUUGUUGGCUUUCCACCAUCUAACUUUAGGAUGCUAAUUUCAUGGAAGGUAGACGAACCUUAGAUAAUACUAAUUUCUAUCAGAAACCCCACUCAGUACUCUGAAUGAAAUACCCAGGUUCUGGGAGUUGCUGAGAUGUUCUGUCAGUCCUGGUAUUCCUAUUGUUUUAAAGGGAUACUAUAAAGGCACCCAGAUCACUUUAUCUUGUUGAAGUGGUCUCGGUUAAGUAUCCUUUUCCUCUUAACCCUGUAAUAUAAAACAUUGAAGUUUUAGGGGAACUUCAAUGUUUACAUUGCAGGGUUAAGACUUUCCCUUUCGUGUCGGUCUAUCAGACAGCCACUAGAGGUGCUUUCUGCAGUUUCACACAGUUUCAAUGCUUUCCUAUGUUAGUGGCCUAAUGCACGCAGCACUCGCCGCACAUGUAAUCUCAUUAAUUUAGGUGCUGCUUAUUUGUAUAUGUGUUGCAUGUUUUUAUUUUUUCUUAUGACUCUUUCUAGGGUAUUGAAGACUACAAUGGUGAUAUGGAUUUUAAGAUGGCAGGUACAAGCAAAGGAAUAACUGCUUUGCAGGUAUAUCAUAUCGUAUUAAAUUUGUUUUGUUUUUUUACUGUCAGAGUGCACAAUACAAUUUUAACCCCCUUCCCGAAGCUAGACAGAAAUUUUCCAUUAUACUUGUCCAUGCCUUAAGAACGCAUGACGGAAAAUUAUAAAGUUAACCCACGCUGUCCUUGCAGCUGUGAUCGCUCUGACAGGCUGUCAGAGCGAGCAUAUAUGCUGCAGGGACCCCUGAUCCACCUCCCUGCUCUUCCGCAGUCAGUGUGAAGUGCAGGGAAAUGGAUCAACAGUGAUUUUCUCCCUGCAAAAAAAAUAAAGUAAAAAUUAAAUCCCACCCCCUUUACCCUGCUUUAUUAAAAGUAACCCCUUCACUGACAUUUGAUCACUGACUACACUGACUUUUUUUAUUUAUUUUUUUUAAACUCCUGAGGGUUAACUUUUAUUAACUCAGGGGUUAAAUUUAUUUUAUUAAUUUAAAUAUUUUGAAAUUAUAUAUUUAGCUAGCUGAGGGGGUGGGAGUUGGGGAAUUUGGUGUUAGGCUAGCUAGGGGUUAACGUUCAAAAAAGGUUUUUGCUUUAAAAAGUUUAAAAAACUUUUAAUAAAGUUUAAAAAGUACAAAAAAAAAAUCCCAAAUUAGGGGUUAAUGGCAUAAAAAAAAGUUAAAGUAAAAAAAAAAAUACAUUAAAAAAAAAAAAGCUCAUUACCACUACACCUGGAACAAACUAGUGGAAAAAAAUGAUCCCACGCUAAGGUUCAAAAUAUGCUUUUUUUUUUUUUUUUUAAAUUACUCCGGGGUGUAUUCUUUAAUAAAUAGUAUGUGUUUGUGGGGAGGUUUGAAUAACCAACCAGCUAAACUACUCCAAAAUGGAUCAUGGACAUAGUGUAAAACAUCAAUGUUAGACAUAAAAAUUGAAUGGCUGUGUCUCAAAUGUGCCUCUUCAACAUCCACAUAUACCUGGCAAAGGUACAUACGGGGAUAUUGUUGUACUCAGACGACAUAGCUGAGCAACAUAUGAAGUAUUAAACAGUCUUAGCACACAUAAGGUUUGCAAAAUAUACUGUGCAAACUCACUUUCUCUGUCAAAAAGGCAGGGGAAAAAAUGCUUAUUACCACUACACUUGGUACAAGCUAGCUGAAAAAUGAUCCCACGCCAAGGUUCAGAAUAUCCCUUUUGAAAUACUCUAGGAUGUCUUCUUUAAGAAAUGGUAUGCCUUUAUGGGGUAAUUGGAAUAUAUAGCCUGCCAAAAUACUCAAAAAUUGAGUAAAAAUGCAAAGUUAAAAAAAAAUAAAAUAAAAAAAUGAAUGGCUGUGUCUCAAAUGUGCCCCUUCAAUGUCCACAUAUACCUGGCAAAGGUACAUACGGGGGUAUUGCUGUACUCCGACAACAUAGCUGAGCAAAAUAUGAAGUAUUAUACAUUGAUAGCACACAUAAGGUUUGCAAAAUAUACUGUGCAAACUCACUUUGUGUGUCAAAAAGGCAGAAAAAUGCUUAUUACCUCUACACUUGGUACAAGCUAGUGAAAAAAUGAUCCCACGCUAAGGUUCAAAAUAGGCCGUUUGAAAUACCUUGGGAUGUUUUUUUAAAGAAAUGGUAUGCCUUUAUGGUGUAGAGUUGGAAUAUGUAGCCUGCUCAAGUGUUCCGAAGUGGGACACGGAAGCAUCAAAACCCUCCAUGAAAAUUCACACUUAAAAACCUGAACUUGUCACAUCUCUUUUACAGCACUGUAACUUCACAAAAUAGUGUCUAGGUCAUACAUUGGGCAUAUUGUUUUACUCAGAAGAUGCAACUGAGCAUAAUUUGGGGGAGUUUAUGACAGUGGUACAUAUAAAGUGUAAGAAAUACUCUGCAAAAAUGCAACAUGUAUGUAAAAAUGCAAUUUUUUUUCCCCUCAACACAAACCUUGACAUAAAUUGGUGAAAAAAUGGUGACAAUUUAAGGCACAAUAUAUGCCAUAUAAGAUACCCUGGGGUGUCUUCUUUAUCAAAUGGAAGCCCUUAGUGGGUUUAUUUGAACAGUCAAACUGCUAUAAUACCUCAAAAUGAGACACAUGCCCAUCAUAUAAAUCUAUGAAAAUUCUAACUAUAGAAACUGAAAUAGCCUUGUCUCUUAUAUGGCAUUGUAGCUUCACAGAAUAGUGCCAAAGGCAUACAAUGGGGGUAUCGUUAUAAUCAGCAUAUGUAGCUGAACACAAUAUGGGUUCUGUGCAGGAAUAGUACACACCAGCUUUACGAAAUACAUGUUACAAAGACCUUGUUAUAUGUGUAUAUGCCAAAAUAGAGAAAAAACACAAUUUUACGCCAAUAUUUAGCAGAGAUUGGCGAUGAAAUGGCUAUGUAAAAAGUGUCAAAAUAGCCUGUGAUGUCUACUUUAUAUAAAUUGCCAACUUUUGUGUGGCAAUUUUGUUUUCUGUUAUGGCUACUAAACCUACAAGACAAAAAUACCAACUUCUAAAAUUGUUUCACAUGAAAAUUUUAUUUUAGUCCUUUUUUUUUUUUUUUGUGACCUGUAACUUUCAAAAUAAGCUGAAAUCCUAUACACAUUACAUACUCUUUAAAUCAAAACACAUAAAUGAAUGUAUUUUGAAUUACUUUUUCUAAGUUGGACAUAUUAUGCACAUGCUAUUAUUGCCAAAACUGGAAGAAGAAAAAAAUGUUGUUUUUGUUUCUUCCAUUUUUUGGCUUUUUUUUUAUUUUUAUUUAUUUUUUAAUAAUUAAUAAAAAUGUAUCUAUGUAUAUGUGACAUCAAAUUAAAGCCAUUUUUGCCCUCUUAAAAUCGGUAUAUGAUAUGUGUUGGUGCAAUAAAUGACACAGAUGCAAAUUGCGUUUGAACACAAACAGCAAAAAUGGCUUGUGUCCUUAAGGGGUUAAUUAACUGCUUUUUUUUAAUUAUUAUUUAUAGGCAGAUAUCAAAAUACCUGGACUACCAGUUAAAAUUGUCAUGGAAGCAAUCCAACAAGCAAGUGGUAUGUCUUGGGGAAGUUGUGUUCUUCUCACCCUCUCCACUUGCCUUUUCUUUUGUAUUUUGUACCUUAUUUGUUUUAACAUACUUGCUGAGGUCUAUUCACUAAAUUCUUAAUGAAAAAUUCCAUAUGCCCCCCUAAAGUUUGCUAGUGAAACCAGUGCAGCUAUUCAUGAAAGGUUUUUUUGUUUUGUUUUUUAUUUGCACUGCCAUUCACUUACCAUUCAGGCUGAUUUUUAAAUCCGCCAAAUCUUUAUACACAUUUGCUAAGUUGGCUGUUCAGGUGCAGAUGGGGUGAAAUAAUUUGAAAUUUUUUAUUUUACUUUUUUGGUGUUUAUUUUAUUUAUUUAUUUUUAAUAUGUGAGAUGCUUGUAGGUGCCUUGAUUUUGACAGGUCUUUUUUGAGUCCCGUUAGAUCUCACAUUAUUUAAACUUUCUUUCAUAUAAUCCAUGGGUCUUGUCCAUCCAAAAAUGUGUUCUAUUUUCAUGUACCUUCUGUUUUCCCUGUAUGUUUUAAAUAGGAACUGUUAUCCCUAUAAUAAACACAUCUGUAUUUGGGAGGUGUGAAAUAAAAUGUAAUAUACCCAUGCCUCUUUAAAUUGCGACUGAACUCCUCCAUCUUAGCUUCCCAUCAACCAUUGUUAUAAGCUCAGUCCUUUGCACCUGGCAGUCAGCAUACAGAAAGCAUACAGCAAAGAGGAGACAUGAAAGAAUGUUUCUAUUUCUCUGCUUCGUUGGCAAUGUUUGCCCUGGUUUUGCCUUGCUUGUAUCAGAUUUUUUUUUAUGUCAUUUACUCAAUGUUUAAUAUAAGUUGAAGAAAAAAUAGAGCAUCUAAUGGAAAUUAAUCUUUAUGUUUAUUUAGUGGUGUAAAUUCCAAAGAAGUAACAACUUCCCAUUUUAGUCCGUUGGUAUAUAUCUGCAAUAAAAAGUUAAAAAACUAGUUCGAUGAUAGAAAAGUUUAAACAAUUUUGUUUGUAUUUUUCAAUUGUUCAAGUAUGCGUUUUAUCCGGUGUAAAUGUAGUGUAGGCAAAGUUCAGUUGGGACCGUUACCUCUAUUCAGUAACCUGAAUUUGUUGUUAAUGUUGUGCCUAGUUCUGAACAUUAUUCUCUGAGAAUUACACUUUUAUAUAUUAUGAGUAACACUUUUUUUUAAAUCAUUUUACUUUCUGUAAUUAUUAUUUUUAACCCAACAUGUUAUAUUCCAGUUUAGUCAAUGUAUUGCUUAAAUAUUUAUUUUUUUCUCAGUGGCAAAGAAAGAGAUUCUUCAGAUCAUGAAUAAAGUAAUUCCAAAACCACGAGCAAAUAGAAAAGAAAACAGUCCUGUUGUAGGUAAUGAAAAUACUUAGAUUUUUGUUCUGUUUUUUUUUUUGUCAACUCCUACGUAUAUCUUUAUUUAAACUAUGAAAAUUCUGUUACUUUAUGGUCUUGACCCAAAAAUGAUUAGUGUUUGUUGUUUGUCUUCUUGGCAUUUCAGCUAAUCUAUAAUAUUCAGUCUAGCAUUACAGCUGUAGUACAAGAUUCAGGAAGUAAGUUAUGAGAUUCCACUUAUAUUAGAGCAUAGUCUCUCCACUUUAUUAUUGCAGUGUGUGUCUUUAUUACUCCAAUUCAUACCAUUGUAUUAACUAAUUUAGACAACUGGAAAAGCAACUGUUGUUUUUUCAGCCCUUUAUUUUAUUCACCCCUUUAAGAUCCUUAACAUCUUUGUCAGUAUCCCAUGGUUUAUAAAGGUAGUCACUAUUUGUUACAAUAGACAAAUCUUGGCCAACAAUAUGGUGUUUACUGAGGUGGAACUGCUUUCACUACUGCAGUGGAGACCUUUUCAUACCAAAUGUAUUUACACUCUAUUAUGACUUGAAGAAUACGUUCAUUUACAAAUAAUGUACAGAAGAAGUCCAAUGCCAAGAAAAUUCUGUAUGUGCUUUGUGGCAUGUAUGCAUUAUAAGGUACUUCAUUUCCCUGGCCUAUUGCAGCACUAAUCAUCUUUAGUGUUUAUUUUUUCAAUUUGUGUUUUUUGUGCACCAAAGUUGCAUAUGUUUGUCACUUCGUCUAAUAGCAUUCUGGCAUGUUAACUGUUUUGUAAGUAGGUCCUAGUUAUCCUGUCCAAUAAAUCAAGAAAUACUAGUGGAAUGAUAAACCAUUCAGAUUUUAUUAUAUGACCCACGAUUAUUUAAUGACAGUGAGUGACCGAUUUAUGUUUGGUUUUAGAAAACAUUCAAGUUCCCAUGUCAAGAAGAAUGAGAUUUCUUGGACCCGGUGGUUAUAAUUUAAAGAAACUACAAGCUGAGACGGGUAAGUGAAUGUUCUUCUGUCAUAUUGUAGUUUACCUGUUGCAAGUUUACCUGUUGCGUGUAUGUGUCCAUUGUUGUUUGAUUUUUUUAUUUUUUUUUCUUCUUCUUCUUCUUUUAUGUUUGCAUCAGAAACAUAUAUUCACUAUACCACACAAACUAGGUUAAAUGUGCUGUUGUAAUUGUAUUCUGAUAUUGAAUAAUUAAAACCAUGAUUAUUAAACUUGGCACUUUGAUGUUUCCAGUGAAACUGUUAUGUGGAAAGGAUGAACAAUAAAUAUAGCAGUGGAGACUGAAAUACUGUUGACUUUCCAUGUUUAAAUGGAACAGGACUAAAUUGGUUACAAAAAAUUUAAACUAGAAGAACCUGUAGUGAUCCCUAAAAUUAGUCUUGUGUAUGUGCCUACCGCCUAAUGCAUUUUUGGUUGCCGCUUGUGGUAGCCCUCCCAUCAUAAAAUCCCCGAUAUUCGGGAUCCAGAUCCAUCAGCAGGUUUAGGCUUCUUGGAGCGUUUUCCAUUUGUGGGUCUGAUACAACAUAUGCCAGUGGUGCAGCGGAAUGAAGGUUAGCAGUAAAAAUAUAGCUUUUUAGAUAUGGCAUUUAUGUGAGACACAUCUCCUUCAAUCGCUAGUCCGCUCGGCCUACCACAUAAGAACAUUUAUAUGUAAUUUAAAUGGAUUGACCGUAGUCCCUUUAGUUGUACCUCUGUCUAGUCUUGACUAUUUGAAAUGAGACACUACUAAUUUACAAUUUGCCUUACUGGCGUACAUCUUUGGGUGGUGUAUAAAAAUGUCUUAUUGUUUAUGAUGAGUUAAAGUAAAUUUUGUAGUGUUUCAACUUUCCCGUUUUGAUAUGAAUCUUUCUAGUAAAAAUUUAAGCAAGUUUCCGUGCCCGAUUUUUAGUUCCAGGAACACAACGACCAAACACUGCUGCCUGCGUUCAUGCAAACAAGAUGGCCGCCACCUCAUGGUCGUCCAUGUGAGCAGCGGCCACCCAGACAAACAAUUAGAACGCUGCGGUUAGAAUCGUUACCAAGUGUUAAUAGAGUCUAACAAGCUACUGGGUAGUCUUUGGUUCGUGCGGCUGUUCGGUUCCCGAACCACAUAAUCACAACUGCACGAACAGAGCCUUUUUAAAGUAUUUUAGUCAAGAUCUAUUGCAGGGGCCAUAGUCCUGAGGCAGGAGGCUGGCAAACAGGCCCCUCCAAGAACAGGUGGCAGAGGCAUUUCUGCCACAACAGAGGACCUAAAUAUUGCAGAUUCAACAAACAAUAGAAUACUGAUGAGAAACAAUAGGGGAUGUUGAUCCCUUACUUCUGUGUAAUGGUAUAUAUUUUUAAAUAAUGAAGUUCUUCUUUCAAUUCUUGUAGUGAGUACAGUGUAAUAUAUUAAGCAGAAUUAAUAGUUAAUUUGUAGUUAAGAGAAAUAUUACCUAUCCAUUUAGAUUCAGAGGAGAAAACCCAAGUAGAUUGUGUUAAAGGGGGGAUGGGAGAAGUGGAACAAAUUUCAGCAAUAACCGUUUUGCUGCAAGGCUAGCAGCUUAAUCAGGAACAAAGUUAACUACAUCUGUAUGUUAGCAACUGUUGUUUAGUUUGUUUGUUUAUGGCCCAGAAAACCAUGCUGUUGGCUCAUAAGCAGGAAUCCCGAUUUGUUCAGCAUGAUGAGACUCCACAUUAUGUUAAAUAUAAUUAUUGUCUUUCUUAGGUAGCUACUAGCUAAGACUGAAAGAAAACGUAAAAAAAAAAAACAUACUAAUCCUGUUUUCUAGAAGCCAUUGUUUUAGUUCAAUAUAGUCUACCAAAUCUUUUACAAAAUGAAUUACAAAAUGGGUUUCUCAGGGUGACAGAUAUGGCUCACAGAAAAAUGUGACAUAUACUGUAUAGAUAGAAUUCCUCAACAGUAAGCAUUUCAAUCGUUUGUGAAAGAAGAUUGCCAUGGUCUUGUGUCACAGCAUUACACUUUGUUCCACUGCAGUGACAGGAUAUUGUGCUUCUGUGGUUUGUCGGGUUUAAAGGAAAAGCAUAUUUUAUAAAUCUAAAAUAUCGCGUGACAAACAUUCCACUUCAGCCCCUUUAUUUCUGUUUUCCAAAUGUUAAUUAAAAAUGAACAUAACAUAUUUUUUUUUUAAUGUAUCAUUAUACAUAACAUUUCUCAAAUUUGUUUGUGUGUCAAUAAACGUUUUUAGUUUUUGUUUCUAAUAUUCUUUGUUAUUGCUAUAUAGGGGUCACUGUGAGUCAAGUAGAUGAAGAAACCUUUUCUGUGUUCGCUCCAACACCCAGCGCAAUGCACGAAGCAAGAGAGUUCAUUAAUGAAAUUUGCAAAGAUGAUGUAAGAUUAUAGCUGAUACUUCACUCCGAUCUUAUAGUAGUGGAUGAAAUAGCAGUGGUCGUUAUAAGAUAUUUGAUAUGUAUUGCCACUGUUUUUCAGCAAGAUUUGCAGUUGGAAUUUGGAUCCAUAUAUACUGCCACAAUAACCGAAAUCAGGUAAUAUAAAACACCUUGGCUUGUGUUUUUUGUUUUGUUUUGCUUGUUUUUAUUUAUUUUUUUUAUUUUUUUAUCUCCAGUCCUGAAUAACCUAUUGAAGCUAUACUCAAACAAACUUGUCUUUGGAUUUACUCAUUAAGCAUUUGCUUUAUAAAAUAUCUUUGUCCUGUUAAACAGUUGAUUUUCCUUCGGGUUAGUUGCAGAAACAUGAGAAAAUGUACAGCUUGAAGCCUGUUUUGCCAAUUUGUCUUGUAGGGACAUGGGUGUGAUGGUUAAACUUUAUCAGAAUAUGACUCCAGUGCUUCUCCAUAAUUCCCAGCUUGAUAAUCGAAAGGUAAGCUUAUGUAUACUUGAUAUAGUUUAGUGUUCAUUCACCCAGUUGAAUGUAGAGCUAAUAUAGCAGGUUGUAAGAAUUCUAUUCUGGAGAAUAAAUGCGUCCUGCUGCUUUCAUCAUACUCAUAUAUGGUUCUCCGAAUUCUCACAUUUUCUUCCUCCAGAUAAAAUGUCUAUUCCUUAAAAGAGAGAAACAGAAAACUGUGUGUUUUUGUUAACCACUUUAUAUUGUGAGAAUUACAAAUAGCAGUUUAAAAGAACACUAUAGUGUCAGAAACACAAAUGUGUGUUCCUGACACUAUAGUUCUAAAUUCCCAUUUAUUCCCCUCCCCCUCAACCAAUCCAGUGAUUUGACGCAUGUGCAGCAAAACACUGCUCUGCACCAAUCAUCAUCUCUGUAGGGUAAGUUUAGCGCCUCCAUGCAGAGUGUGGAGAUGCUGAAAGUCAGUGCUGUUCAUUGUGCAGCACUGACCCACCAAGAACCACCAGUGGCUGUCUAAGUGACUGCCACUGGAUGUGUCCCUAGCCAGCAGAGUACAAAAUACCUUUUCUCUGAAAAGACAGUGUUUAUAUUAAAAAGCCUACAGGGACAGGCUAUAAAAACCAGAACUACAUUAAGCCGUAGUUGUUCUGGUGACUAUAGUGUCCCUUUAACAUGUAUGAAUAAAUAUGUUCUAUGCGGUCAUAAAAUAUGACAUUAACCUGUUGCUUUUAUUUUCUUACAUCAAAAUAACCCAAUUGUAUGCUUUUAAAGUACUCACAACAUAAUAACAAUUUUCUUUUUCUUUUUUUCAUAUGUAACUUGAAAUAUCUAAUUUCUAACUUAUUUGUUCCAUUAAAAUGAAGUAAAAAUAUUGCAUUUCGUGUUAUUCUGGAUAAUAAUGUACGUUUUUGACUAAAUUUGUAAGAUGGAAUUUAUAACAUCUCUCCUUAAUUGAGAAUGUUUGUAAAUUCCUAACUUAAUAUUCUGUUUAUUACGUAACUUGACAUGCUGACGAAUAUUAUGAAUAGUACAUGUUGUGGAAUGCUUUUUGUAAUUUCCAUAAAUGUUAUUAAUUUUUCAGAUAAAACAUCCAAGUGCUCUUGGAUUUGAAGUUGGGCAGCAGAUCCAGGUACAUUAUAUUGACCUCCCUCCCAAGGGAUAAUUCAGAUAAAAAUACCUUAUAGCUAUAUAAUAGUGUUCAUGGCUGACUAGUUGUAGUAGAGUUGUGCUAGAUAAAAGGGAGUAUGGUUAUUUGUACUAAUCCUUUCAAAUUUGAUUUUUUUGUGGCAAGACUUUACUAUAGCUAAAGACCAUACAUCUGCUAUCAAAUAUGAUGCAACACGUUUUCUUUUCUGCUUUUCUUUCUGCAAUGUAAUUAAUAUAUAUAUAUAUAUAUAUAUAUAUAUAUAUAUAUAUAUAUAUAUAUAUAUAUAUAUAUAUAUAUAUAUAUAUAUAUAUAUAUAUAUAUAUGAAAAUAAGUUUAGUUCAUUUUCAGUUUAGUUUUUAUUUUUUUUUAUUUUUUAUUACAUAUACAGGCUUUUUUUAUUUUAUUUUUUUUUGGGGGGGGGGAGGAGGGGGGAGAUGGAGGGGUUAAUUACAUAUAUGAUUCUGUAGAUGCCAUUCUAUGGGGCUACAGUCCUUACUAGCCAGAACUAAUGAAGUCUUUUAACAGGUAAAAUACUUUGGGCGUGAUCCAACAGAUGGCAGAAUGAGGCUUUCCCGAAAAGUACUCCAAUCACCAGCAGCUACUGUGAUUAAAACUCUAAAUGACAAGCAGAGUAUUACCAUAGGAGGGUCAGAGUCUUCAUCUUAAGCUGCAGAAAAUUUUGACCACAGAUUUUUCACGUUAUUGUACAUUUUGUAGAUAUCUGUUUUAAUUAUUUGGAUAAAAAUGGAUUUCAUACAACCAGUUUGUUGGCCUCUUUAAUUCAAGCAUUUCAUUUUGAGACUGAGAUUUAAUAACAUUUUUGGCACGGUGUGUUUUAAAUUGGAGACCAUAUUCAAAUUAUUUUCUAUAGUUUUAGGUAAUCAUGACGUAUCUUUUCAUAUAUUUUCUG